AUGGGUUCAGUUUUAGUGUCUCCUCUUAUUGGUACACUGUGUAUGUUAGUGUUGUUAUCGAUAAGCAUUGUUGACGGUGGAGUUGUUAUUCCGACGACUCUGGAUGGACCUUUCAAGCCAGUGACUGUGCCUCUUGACAAGAGCUUCCGUGGAAAGGCGGUGGACAUGCCAGAUACAGAUCCUCUUGUUCAGAGAAAUGUUGAAGGUUUUGAACCCGAACAAAUCUCGCUCUCGCUUUCUGCAUCUCAUAGCUCUGUUUGGGUUUCUUGGAUCACAGGAGAGUUCCAAAUUGGAGAAAACAUAGAACCAUUAGAUCCUGCAACGGUUGGUAGCAUAGUUCAAUAUGGAAGAUUCGGAAGAUCAUUGACUCGCCAAGCUGUUGGUUCUUCCCUUGUGUACAGUCAGCUAUAUCCUUUUGAAGGACUUCAAAACUACACUUCUGGAAUCAUACAUCAUGUUCGUCUCACGGGACUAAAACCCAACACUCUAUAUCAAUACAAAUGUGGAGAUCCAUCUUUAGCAGCAAUGAGUGAUGUUCAUUAUUUCAGGACAAUGCCAGUUUCUGGCCCCAAGAGUUACCCUAGCAGAAUAGCAGUGGUUGGAGACUUAGGUCUUACUUACAAUACCACGUCUACCGUCGAUCAUAUGGCCAGCAAUCAUCCUGACCUUAUUCUGUUGGUUGGUGAUGUCAGUUAUGCUAACUUGUAUCUUACUAAUGGUUCUAGUUCAGAUUGCUACUCUUGCUCUUUUAAUAAUACUCCGAUUCAUGAAACGUAUCAACCGCGUUGGGAUUAUUGGGGAAGAUACAUGGAACCUCUGAUUUCUAGUGUCCCGAUAAUGGUAGUAGAAGGGAAUCAUGAGAUAGAACAACAAGCCGAGAACAAAACAUUUGUUGCUUAUAGUUCUCGGUUUGCAUUUCCGUCAGAAGAGAGUGGAUCGUCGUCCACUUUCUACUAUUCUUUCAAUGCUGGAGGAAUACAUUUUAUAAUGCUGGGCGCAUACAUAUCGUACGACAAGUCAGGGGACCAGUACAAAUGGUUGGAGAAGGAUUUGGCUUCUGUUGACAGGGAAGUAACGCCAUGGUUGGUAGCUACAUGGCAUGCACCUUGGUAUAGCACCUACAAAGCACAUUAUAGAGAAGCAGAAUGUAUGAGAGUCGAAAUGGAAGAUUUAUUAUAUAAAUAUGGCGUCGACAUUGUCUUCAAUGGACAUGUUCAUGCCUAUGAGAGAUCAAACCGAGUAUAUAACUACACAUUGGAUCCCUGCGGUCCUGUUUAUAUCACGGUUGGUGACGGUGGUAACCGAGAAAAGAUGGCAAUUACUCACGCAGAUGAACCAGGAAACUGUCCAGAACCAUCAACAACACCAGAUGAGUACAUGGGCGGCUUCUGCGCCUUUAACUUUACGUCCGGUCCAGCAGCGGGUAAAUUCUGUUGGGACCAACAGCCUGAUUAUAGCGCAUUCCGCGAAAGCAGCUUCGGUCAUGGGAUUCUAGAGAUGAAGAAUGAAACUCAUGCAUUAUGGAUUUGGCACCGCAAUCAAGACUUUUAUGGCAGUGCUGGUGAUGAGAUUUACAUUGUUAGGCAGCCUGAUAAGUGUCCAACAGUCAAGGCAGUAGACAUACAUAAAACAUGA